AUGAUAGUCAACUUUGCGAGUGCCACCGCCCAAGCUAAAUCCCUCCGCAUCGCGUUGAAGUUACUUUUUAGUAAUGGGGAUUUCAACUGGUGCCGAGACGUGGUUUUAAUAGUCUCGGGAUUGGUUCGUCCGGCGAAUACGGCUUCAUCAUGGAAACGCUACUGCUGGUCGCUGAUUUGCGCCUUGGGGUUCUAUCAGUUCCUAAUGGCGGCAACGAUCGUGGUGUUCAGCUUUUACGACCAGCGCGACUUCAAUGAACAACUCGGGCCAAUCGUGGUGAUUUUCGGAUUGUGUACGAUACAUAUCAAGGUACUCAUGCUUUCACAUCAUCGGGAAAUUAUUCAACGAGUUCAGGAGUUCAUUGACAGCAAGCACGGCGUCUCCGGUGAUGACAUUUAUGACGCGUAUGUUCGUAGCAACGGCACUAAGAUUGCUGGGAAAAUGUUCCCCAUAAUUUUGAUCCUUGUGAUAUGUGAUCAAAUAUUGGUAUUUAUACCAAGCUCUGCUCGGGAAGAAAUCGUUGGAAUACCAGAACCGUUUCGCCAAUACGGAAUCUGCAUUACACAAAUGCUACAAAUAUUCUACAUCUGUAACAUUUCGUUCUUCUGGUGUGGCCGUUAUUUUGUUUGCACACUAAAAGUCAUGCCACUUUUGGUUGGUUUGCGAAGUGAGCUUACGAUUAUCAACCAUGGGUUUAGUACAAUCGCAAAACGGGUUAAAGAUGGUGUUUUUGAAGAACAGGUUGGAGCACAAUGUGCACAACGAAAGUAUAUCAAGCAAAUACUUGGAGAAAUGGUGGAACAACACGUUGAAGUUAUGAAGUAAGUCCAGCGUUCCCAAUCAUAUUGAAUUAUGUAUUAUUUCCUCUUUUAUUUUGAUUUUUUAGACACAUGGGCUUACUACAACCAGUCGUCGGACACAUAUACGCGUUGAUCUACUUCUGUUCAUUGGUUAUGGUUUCAGUACCGUUGUUUCUGAUGGUACACAGCGGGGUGACGUUCAUAACCAUUGCUGUGAUAAUAUCAGCUGCUUGCUUCGUCGUGGAGUGCUACUGGUGGAGUUCUUUAGUUAAUAGCAUUGAAGAAAAGGUACCUAUAUUGCAGUGUUUGAUGCAUUUCAAUUGCCCCUUGGGAUCAUUCUAUUACAGAUGGAACAAAUAGCUGAUUCUGUAGCACAGAUGUAUUUUUUGACCAAAUAUUUUCUGGACCAUCACUCAGAGCACAUACAGUUCCGCACAACUCUCAUGAUUAUACAACUGAAUGCGACCCAGUGUGGAAAGUUCAACUGCGGUGGAAUUUUCCCGAUUUCAUUGAAAUCCUUUUACGAUUUAUGCUUCAAGAUAUAUAGACUCACAAUGUUUCUCCUGAACUUUGAUUAAAUUAAACCUUUCAGCACGCACAAUCCUGAGUCACAAAUCCAAUCACGGCCGUGCUGGUGCUCUAUAGAGCAAAAAGUAUACAGAGGCA